AUGCAAUCCUCCUCACCAGAGGCCUACGAGGCCACCCACGUCCACUCCGUCUACAACGCCAUCGCGCCUCACUUCUCCUCAACCCGCCACAAGCCCUGGCCCCUCAUCUCCUCCUUCCUCACCUCCCUCCCCGCCGGCUCCGUUGGCCUCGACGUCGGCUGCGGCAACGGGAAAUAUCUCCCCGUCAACCCGACCCUGCACAUCUUCGGCUCCGACCGCAGCGACGCCCUCGUGCAUCUCGCCCGCACAGAGCGCAACGGCGAGGUCGUCGUCGCAGACGCCCUGAGCCUGCCCUAUCGCCAGCGGUCCGUCGACUUCGUCAUCUGCGUUGCCGUGAUUCACCAUCUGUCUACGAGGGAGAGACGCCAGGAGCUCAUUCGGGCGCUGUUGGAUUGUGUCCACAAGGGCGGAAGAGUGCUCGUGUACGCCUGGGCCUUGGAGCAGAGCUCGAGUCGCAGGGGUUGGGACGAAGGAUCGGAGCAGGAUACCCUGGUGCCGUGGGUGAUGCGCUCAAAGGGCAAGCCGGAUGAGACUUUCGAGCGGUACUAUCACCUGUAUCGCAAGGGGGAGCUGGAGGAGGAUGUGAUAGCGGCAGGGGGGCAAGUUUUAGAGAGCGGCUAUGAGAGGGACAAUUGGUGGGUGACAUGUAGCAACCAAGGCUGA